GUGGCGUGCACUUCGACACUAGCGAAAAGUGGUUGAGUAACCAUGUACAUGAGCAAGUGGUGGUCUUGAGGGUGUUGCUUGUUGCAAUGCAAGGUGCAAGGACAGCGAUGGCACCUCUCUGCUUUAGCGGCGGUGUGUUAUGGAUCUAGGGUCGUAGGUGUACCAGGGCCUUCCUGGUCGACGCGCCACAACGACAAGAGUUCCGUUGCAGGCCAGCCAGUUACUCUCGAAGGUGAAAAAGCUUUGAUGCCCCUCCUAAUCCAAGUGCGAUGGCACUUAGUCGCUUCUUCUUCACGGAGCUCCGACAAUGGCGGCCAAGGAUGACGUGGAUGGGCUAGAAGAUCUCGAGGGCUUCUUUGUAAAAAAAGAUUCUUCUCUUACUCUUGGACACCCGUACCUUCCCCACGUUUCCAGAAAAAUCUUGCGUAUGUAUGCUUCUUUGCACGUGCUCCGUUAGUAUUGCUCGUCACGACUCUUACAGACCACCGCAUGCCCCAAAGCCACACGAUCAAGCAGAGACUCAGAGUCUGUCUACUGCUCCAGUGCUCCCGCGAUCAAAAUGGAAGGCGACGGCGUCCAGAUCUUGUCCCGGCGCAUGGUCAAGCCGGAGCACCACGCGAGCUCGCGGCCGCCGGAGCCCGAGACCGUCAACCUCACGCCAUGGGACCUGCCGCGGAUCACCGUGGAGUACCUGCAGAAGGGCGUCGUCCUGCCCAAGCCUCGGCCCGGCGCACAUGCUGUCGAACACCUCGCGUCGUCCUUCUCGCGCGCUCUGGCCCGCUUCUACCCGCUCGCCGGCCGCUUCGCCGUCGCGCCCGUAGCCAGCGCGGACGCUCGGCCGGGCCUGACGAUCUCGAUCAGCUGCGACGACCAAGGCGCAGAGUUCGUCCACGCCGUGGCGCCCGGGGUCGCCGUCGCCGACAUCGCCGGCCCGCUCCGCGUCAUCCCGCGCGUGGUCUGGUCCUUCUUCCCUCUCGACGGGAUGCUCGGCGUGGACGCCGCCGUGGACCCCACCCGGCCGCUCCUGGCCGCGCAGGUCACCGAGCUCGCCGACGGCGUCUUCGUCGCCAUGUCGCUCAACCACUGCGCCGCCGACGGGGAAACGUUGUGGGACCUUUUCAACGCGUGGUCGGAGAUCAGCCGAUGCGGCGGCGCCGCUGCCGGCGAAGAUAUCCCCACGGUGCCCAAGAGAUGGUUCCUCGACGGCUGCCCCGUGCCGAUCCCUCUUCCCUUCGCCAAGGCGGAGGACAUGGUUAGGCGGUUCGAGCGCCCGCCGUUGGAGGAAUGCUCGCUGUGUUUCUCCCCGGAGAGCGUGAAGAGGCUGACGGCGAAAGCGAACGCCGAGACGAUGGCCGCCGGCGGCACAGCCACCAUCUCCUCGCUGCAGGCCGUGGCCGCGCACGUGUGGCGGGCCGCGUGUCGUGCCCGGGCGCUCGCGCCGGCCCAGGAGAUGACGUGCUCGCUAGCCGUCGGAUGCCGGACACUCGUGAAGGGCGUGCCGCGGGGUUACGUGGGCAACGCGGCCGCGGGCGCCGUCGGCAGGGCUGCUGCCGGCGAGAUCCUGGGAGACGGCCGGCUGGGCCGGGCGGCGUGGCUCCUGAACCGGGCCGUGGCCGCGGUGGACGAGGCGAGCGUGAGGGCCGAGCUCGGGGCGUGGCCUGCGAGCCCCAGCUUCAAGUACCUGGACGGGAUCGGCCCUGCGGCGAUGGUGGCCAGCGGCUCGCCGGAGCUCGACGUGUAUGGCAACGACUUCGGGUGGGGCAGGCCGUUGGCCGUCCGGAGCGGCGCCGGGAACAAGGUGGACGGGUUGGUCUCGGUGUACGAGGGCAGGGAUGACGGCGUGGGGAGAGGCGGCAUGGAGCUGGAGGUGUGCCUCGCUCCUGGUGCGCUCGCCAGGCUCGUCGCCGACCAAGAGCUGAUGGACGCGUCGGUGUAAAGUUGCGAACGAGGAUAGACUGAUGCGUGGUAGUUGGUGCACCGAUGCAUCGGCCAUACAGCAACAAUGGUAGUGAGCCCCACGGCUAGAAGCCUAGAACCAACCAAAUAAUGUUGCGCAGAAAGAAGGGAGGCUCUAUUUGCAGGUGCCUGAAAAAAAAAGGUUCUUGAUCAAAUGGUCCAAAAUAGAUCACGCAGCUGUUCAUCUUGGGAGCGGCUACAAGACAGUCGACUGCAAACAUUAUUAAUCUGUUUCAGUGGAGUUGUGUGCUAGCCAGGCUUCCUUUGGGUGGUAGUGGACCGGCUGGUGCAUGCUUCUUCUUUCACCAACUAAUAGUAAAAAGCUGAAUUCUUUAAUCUCAUACUGUUUCAUAAGCAAGCGGUGCUGUGACGAGUUGUACUGGGCGUGUGUAAGAUGAGAUGAGUUGAGCCCGACUGGACAAGACGUGAUUAGAUCCAACACUGAUUGGUGCAUGGUAUAAGCAGAUAAUAUGUACGUACAAGAAGAUUGCUAGUACACGCCUCCAACUGAG